GUGGGCGGGGCUCGGGAGCUGCAGUUCAGAGAGCGGUGUCCUGCUGGAAUCUGCUGGUGCCCCACGCUCCAACCCGAGAUGAUGGCCAGCAAGCGAGUGGCGAAAGAGCUGGAGAGUCUUUCGAAGGAGCUGCCGCCAUACCUUCGCCAACUGUCUAGUGACGAUGCCAAUGUGCUUGUGUGGCACAUGCUCCUGCUGCCAGACCAGCUUCCCUAUGGCCUCAAAGCCUUCCAAGUGCGGAUUGAUUUCCCCAGGGAGUAUCCAUUCAAGCCUCCCACUUUGAGAUUCACCACCAAGAUCUACCACCCCAACGUCAGGGAGGAUGGUCUGGUGUGCCUGCCCCUCAUCAGCAAUGAGAACUGGAAGCCUUACACCAAGCCUUAUCAAGUCUUGGAGGCCCUCAAUGUGCUGGUGAGUAAACCGAAUCUGGAAGAGCCUGUGCGUCUGGAACUUGCUGACCUCCUGACUCAGAACCCGGAGAUGUUCAGGAAGAAGGCAGAAGAGUUCACCCUUAAAUUCGGAGUGGACCGGCCCUCUUAAUUCUGUUCUGAAGCCUGGAUCGUCUGCUUAGCAGAUGGAUAUCACCGACUGGUGCCCGAGGCCUUGGGAAGCUCACCCUGUGCCUAAGUUUUCCUUUGUAGUUGCUAAUUAUGAAUCUUGUACCUGGUGUGUAUGUAUGUGAUGGAGGUGGGGGGGCCUGUGUGAUGUGUGCUCCUUCCCUGAGCUGUCUGGCUGUAGAUGUACCAUCCCCACAUCCUCCUUGGCUUCAGAGCCAGUGGGAGUUAGGUACACACAGUUUCAGGCCUGCUUUCCAGCUCUCUCUGUCUUAGGCCACCUUUCAGGCCAAUUGGCAGAAAAUUGAAUGCCCCAGGGCCCAGGCACCAAGGGGUGAGAAAGGCAGGACUCUGCUCAGAAGGCAGAGCCUACAGAAGGUACCAAAUUUACUGUUGAGUGAUUGAGAUUGAAAGAGUAGUAAACUCAGUGCUCCAAGGUAUGCUAAUCAUAAAACAGAUAGUGACAUUCCUCCACCCACCCACUUCCUGAGUUCAAGGAGUAUUCAUUCAAAGAAAGUCACCUUGACUUUCUUUGAAUGAAUACUGCAAUGCAAAUGUGCUAUUGUUAGAGGCUCUUAGAAACUGUCUUGAGAGUUAACAAUUACCAGGUAUUCCUUGUGACACCUGUGACUUUGUACUUCCUUGUGACUCUUAUCUGGUAUUUUUGGUAUUUUCCAACAACGCCCUUCCCACCUCCUUGAGUUGUGUUUUUUUUCCUUUAAAUACCCCCUUACUCAGCUACUCGGGGCGCCACGGUCCUCUACCCCUGCGUGGUGUAUGACCGUGGGCCCGAGAGCGCUCUUGAAUAAAAAUCCUCUUGCAAUUUGCAGCAA